GAGAAGACCGAAGCUGAGCGGCAGAGGGUUUUCUCCAAGUUCGAAGGGUUGCGUCUCUUCCUAGAGGACCAUGCUCAUCAUCUGCUGGCUCAGCUGGGGGACCUGGAGAGGGACAUUGAGAAAAUGCAGGAAGAAAACAUCACUAGUCUGACAAAGGAGAUCUCUCGUCUGGACACCUUGAUCCAGGAGGUGGAGGAGAAGUGCCAGCAACCAGCAAGCAAAUUUCUGCAGGACAUCAGAGGCACCUUGAGCAGGUUUGAAAAUGAAAAUUUCCAGCAGCCCCCAUUGCUUCUUCCAGAGCUGGAAAAGAAAAUCAGUCACUUCAGGGAGAAAAGUAUUGUUCUCGAGGAGACUUUGAGGAGCUUCCAAGACAUCCUGAUGUUUGAGCUGCCUGAAAAGAUGAAGGUGACCCUGGAUCCAUCCACGGCUCACCCCCAGCUCAUCGUGUCGGCGGACGGGAGGAGCGUGAGGUGGGAAGAUGCCCAGCAGGACCCAUCUGCUGAGGGGUUCGGCACCGAUCCCUGCGUGCUGGGCUGCGAGGGCAUCACCUCGGGGAGAUGCUGCUGGGAGGUGGAGGUGACACCCAAAGGCUCCUGGGCUGUGGGGGUGGCCAGGGAGUCCCUGAAGAGGAAGGAGGAGACCGCUGUGAGCCCCGAGGUAGAGCUCUGGUCCAUGGGUCUCUGUGAGGGUCAGUUUUGGGCUCUCACCUCCCUUGAGCGUAUCCCGCUAUACCAGAUCCAGGUCCCCAGAAGGGUCCGGGUCUCCCUGGACUAUGAAAAGGGUCAGGUGGCAUUUUUUGAUGUUGAUAAGAGGGCCCUGAUAUUCACUUUCCCAGCAGCUUCAUUUAAAGGGGAGAGUAUUCAUCCCUGGUUCCUGGUGUGGAGCGAGGGGUCCCAGAUCACUUUGUGUCCCUGA